ACGCUUUUGACUACAUUACAUAUCCGUCCAUCCGGCCAAGGCCAGCAACCAUCCCGGGCAGAGCUUGUCGCGUCCCUUCUGUCUCCGUCUUCCUCACUCGCAGAUAGAUAGAUAGAUAGAGAGAGAGAGAGAGAGAGAGAGAGAGAGAGAGAGAGAGAGAGAGAGAGAGAGAGAGAGAGCAGUGUUGGGCGAUGGCUAGACCAGCUCCGCUGCUGCUUCUUCUCGCGGCGGUGUGCCUAGUGGCCGCCGCCUCCGCCGGCGGUGCCGAUGCGGCGGAGAGGAAGGCGACGACGGUCGGCGUCUAUGAGCUCAGGAAGGGAGAUUUCUCCAUCAGGGUCACCAAUUGGGGAGCGGUCAUCAUGUCCGUCGUGCUUCCUGACUCCAGAGGGAAAUUGGACGAUGUUGUUCUUGGAUAUGACACCAUUGCUGAAUAUGUUAAUUCUUCUACUUACUUUGGAGCGCUCGUCGGACGGGUAGCCAACAGAAUUGCCAAGGCGCGGUUCGUGCUCGAUGGAAAAGCUUAUCAUCUGUAUCCAAAUGAUGGCAAAAACACACUUCACGGUGGUCACAGGGGUUUCAGCAAUGUUACAUGGACAGUGAAGGAGCAUGUUGGUGGAGGUGACGCACCAUACAUCACACUGUACUACCAUAGCUUUGACGGAGAACAAGGAUUCCCAGGCGCCCUAGACGUGUACGUGACGUACCAGCUGUCCGGCCCGUACGUGCUGAGCGUGCACAUGAACGCGACGGCGGCGGGCAAGGCGACGCCGGUGAACCUGGCGCAGCACUCGUACUGGAACCUCGGUGGCACGGGCAGCGGCGACAUCCUGGGUAACACGGUGCAGCUGUUCGCGUCGCGGUACACCCCCGUGGACGCCGAGCUCAUCCCGACGGGCCAGGUCGCGCCCGUCACCGGCACGCCCUACGACCUCCGCGCGCCGACGCCCGUGGGCGCGCGCGUCCACCUGGUGACGGGCGGCCUCAGCAAGACGGGCGCCACCAUCUACGGCUUCGACACCAACUACGCCGUGGACGGCGGUGACGACGUCGACGCGCACGCGCACGCGCUGCGGCGGGUGACCGUCGUCCGGGACGGCAAGUCCGGGCGGUCGCUGGAGCUGUGGGCGAACCAGCCCGGGGUGCAGUUCUACACCGGCAACUUCCUCACGGCCGACGUGAAGGGGAAGGGCGGGAAGGCGUACGGGCAGUACGGCGCGCUGUGCCUGGAGACGCAGGGGUUCCCCGACGCCGUGAACCACCCCAACUUCCCGUCGGUGAUCGUGAGGCCCGGACAGGUGUACAAGCACGAGAUGGUGUACAAGUUCUCGUUCUAGUUUAGGUGACUAUACAUGGAUCAUAUGUGGUCAUUGGUCGAUCGCUUCAUCUGCUGUAAGUUGUGACAUUGUCGGUGUCGGUCGGUGCAAUAAUAUGAUAUGCGUUGAUUUGCAAUAAGACGCAUGGGGGAAGAAAAGACGAGAAUUUUUCACUAGCCA